CAGUGGGUCAGUGGACCACCCGGGCUUUGUUUACGCACGGGACGCGCCGCCGCCGCGUCACCGACCGAGGUCCUCCCGUUAACCCAAGGUGCGUUAAUCCAGCCCGGCUCUCGACUCGUCCUUCGUCCGCUUCUCCCGAUACAGGACGACGGUUGAUUAGCAGCUGAUUGGUUGUAUAAUGGAGGAACUUCAUGAUGUCCAGCUGACUGAGAUCAAACCACUGCUGACAGGACAGAAUGGGAGAAAUCUGCAGGACUUUGAUUGUCAGGAACAUGAUGUAGAGACCCCCCACGGAGUACUGCACGUCACUGUGAGAGGGGUUGCUAAGGGCAGCCGACCCACAAUCCUCACCUACCACGACGUCGGACUCAACCAUAAAUCUUGUUUUAACAGCCUGUUUAACUAUGAGGACAUGCAGGAAGUGACUCAGCACUUCUCUGUUCUUCAUGUUGAUGCUCCAGGACAACAAGAGAAUGCUCCUCAGUUCCCCUCUGGGUACCAGUACCCCACCAUGGAUGAGCUGGCGGAGAUGCUUCCGUUAGUCCUGACCCAGCUACAGGUGAAGAGUGUGAUUGGGAUUGGAGUUGGCGCUGGAUCCUACAUCCUCACUAAACUGGCUCUGAAUGAGCCCAGUUUGGUGGAGGGGUUAGUUCUGAUCAACAUCGACCCCUGUGCCAAGGGCUGGAUAGACUGGGCUGCUUCCAAGUUGAGUGGCUGGACCAGCAAUCUGGUGGAUAUGAUCAUGAGUCAUCACUUCAGUGCAGAUGAGUUGACUGAGAACCAGGAAAUUAUCCAGACGUAUCGACUCCACAUCUCUCAGGAUAUUCCACAGGAUAACCUGGCCAUGUUUUAUACCAGCUAUGACAGUCGUUCUGAGCUACAGAUGGAGCGUCCGAUUCCUGGUCUGAAUGAAGACUCAGUUAACACACUCGGGUGUUCUGCCCUGCUGGUAGUUGGAGAUGCAUCCCCUGCUGUUGACGCUGUGGUAGAGUGUAACUCCAGACUGAACCCAACCAAGACUACCCUGCUGAAGAUGGCAGACUGCGGCGGUCUUCCCCAGGUGGUACAGCCUGGGAAACUUGCAGAAGCCUUCAAGUAUUUUGUCCAGGGGAUGGGAUACAUGCCCACAGCAAGUAUGACUCGUCUGGUGCGCGCCAGGACUCACUCAGCCUCCAGCAUGGGGUCAGCAGAGGGCACUCGGAGCCGCAGUACCACCAACCACCUGACAGAGGACGCCGACCCAGCCAGCACCAAACACACAGCAACACACACCUUGGAAGUGACAGCGUAGAUGACUCUGGUCGUUUAAGCUCUCACCCUUCUCUUCCUUUCUCCUGUUCUCUCUGCUUCUCCUUUUCUCUCCCUAUCACCAUUCUUUUGUCCUCCAUGUCUUCCCUCUCUCACUUGUGGUUUGUAUACCCCCCGCCCCUUCCAGUGGUUGGGUCUACUGUACUCUUGUUUCAGUAGUCUAGCUAAUCUCUAGCUCUCCAGACUGUAAGAGGAACAUAGCAUCAGACUCACGUUUAAAGCAGAGUUGGUUCUUUUCAUUUCUGUUGACAGAUGAAUCAUGUCAGACCCGACACAGCCUUGGGGCUGCAUGGUGACCCGUUCUCCACCAGAGAUCCUGUUUGUUCUGUGUUUUACCAUAACAAGGACAAGUUGGUGAUAGGGCUUAGAGGUUUGUAGUUUAUUCAUUUCAAACUGGUUGUUGGGAAUCCUCGGGUGGUUUAUAGAUGUUGGUCAGACUGUUACACUUUCCAAGGCGACAAACCACACCUGAUGUGUUGUGGUACCCUGUACCUUUAGACUAGAUUGUAUUGGAGCCGUACACAGUCUGUCCAUCCCAGGUUUCGCUGGUUGCCAUGGUAAUGCAGGGCAUCCCACUACAAACCUCUUUGCCAGCUGAUCUACUGAGUGUAGGCUGUGUCACCAUGGUGAUGCUGCCGAGUACAUUGGAACAUAUUCACACUCAAUAUUUCUCUGAUCAGGACAUAAAACAAACACGGUCUGUCACCAUGUUUCUACUCCAUGUGGUUACCAUGGUGAUGCUCCAGUCCAACUUUGAGACUGCUCUACAUGUUUAGUCAAAUGGUUUGCUAUGGCAACUUAUAUUAUUAUUGCUAUUUUUCUUAUUAGUAUCUGUUGUGGUGUUUGCUGUUAAGCCACUGUGGUUUAAGUGAGCCGUUUUCUGACCGAAACUCAAUGCUAACCUUUGACUUACACCUGUCGGUGACACUGAACCAGAUUCUGACUGGUGAAUGCAUGACCUCUGACCUUGUGGCUAGAAUAAGACCUAGUUAGCUCAGGUGGAAGUACUGAUGUUAGCAUGCAACCCCUUCUCAAUGUGAAUAUUAUCUUUUAAUGUUUUUUUUGUUUUGCUUUUGAUGGACUACUCCUGUUCAUUUACACUUAAACUUACCGUUUCCCUGCUGAGUUUUAAAGUACUUUUCAGAUCUUCUUUGUUACAUGGACCUAUAGAUAGCAUGACAAUGUGUAUGGAGUGCUGGUUUAAGUUUAUUGUACAGCUCAUAUAUAGUUUGGUCACCAAGGACACAUGAUAUGAGGGUACCGCCCAUAGUGCUUCUUAACCUGAUAUGAUCAUUUUGGGUCAGCUGUGGAGCCUGUCUCUCAGGCUUGUAGUAUACAAAUACAGGUGUUAAACACCACGUGCUGGUUGUGAACGUACACACUUAGUAGGUAGUGUUUGACUGUUGGGCUGUGCAGUGCUGAUAUUUGGUUUUGAAAAAGACUGUUACUGCAAGGACUGCACUUUGGGCGUUAUUCUGUCCUUGCAGGGCUUGAUAGAGGUGACGGCAUGAAUGUUGAUUUACAAUCACUUAACUGUUCUUCCUUGUGAAACAGCUCCUCGCGGUUGGCUCUUUGAACCCAGCUGAGAUUCAGAGAAGCUGAAGGUUAAAUGAAGCGUUUGAAGCCAUGUUAGGUUUGGUGCCCGCAACCAUGUGUGUUGUGUCGCUAAUUUACUGCUUAGUUGUCAUUUGGUAUCCGUGUUUCUUGGCAGUGGUAAUAACUAACAAUCAUUCUUCCAGUAAUUGUUUCAACUUGGAAUCCUGAUGUGUUGACUUGCUCUGGGUUUAAUGUUGCCAUUACUAUAGUCAAUGUACUGGUGCCCCCUGUUGCCUGGAGGAAUGUAGAGCAGUUGGUUUUUAUUGAUGUUUUGCUUUUUAAAUUCAGUUGUUGGAUGAAAACCAUCUGUUAUCAAAAGUUUUCAAGAAAUUGAAAUAAGCUAGUUCUAAAUAGAGGCUCAUCCCUGCGUUUUUCCGAUCACACAAUUGGUUUUAACUCCUCCACUUAAGACCAAUGGAGAUUAGUUAAGGACUCUAAACACUGGCGAAAAUCACCAGAUGAGAUUUUCUCUCGAAAGUGAAUUAUUCCACAUACAUAUACAAUAUUCUGUAUCACAUUACUGUUGUUACUAUUACUCACGACUAUUGUUCUUCCUAUUUAUUAUGACUGACUCUUACUUGACAUUUGUAUUGAAAUAAAGACAUUGUUGUGUAGA